UUUUUUUUUUGUUGUUGCAAAAUUCCCUCACCAACCCUCCAGCCUAGCUUCCAUUGCAUUCCUGUUAAUCACCCUCAUCUUUUUUCUUACUCUGUUUCCUUUUCCAAUUACCUCUCAGAUUCUUCGCUGGCAAUCAGCAUCGAGCAAAUCACAUUUCCAGUCAUGGAUUCUUUCAGUACAUCACCCGAUUUUCGUUUUAACCCAAAUUCAAACAACAUUGACGAUGCGGAUCGAGAUUCCGAGUUCUCGGGCAUUCUCGAAAUCUACCUUCAUCAUGCAAGGAAUAUUCAUAACAUUUGUAUCUACAACAAGCAAGAUGUUUAUGCCAAGUUCUCUCUCACCUAUAACCCUGAUGAUACCCUCUCAACCAGGAUCAUCGUUGGAGGUGGAAAGAAUCCCGAAUUCAACGAGAGCCUGAUUAUGAAGGUCACCCAGAUCGAUGCUGUCCUUAAAUGCGAGAUUUGGAUGCUUAGCAGGGCCAGAAACUACUUGGAAGACCAGCUUUUGGGCUUUGCUUUGGUCCCCAUUUCACAAGUUUUCGGCAAAGGAAAAAUCACGCAAGAUUAUAGCUUGUCUUCCACUGAUCUUUUCCAUUCUCCAGCCGGAACUGUCAAACUCAGUCUUUCUUUGAACACAUCAAUGGCUGUCAAUUCUCAGACCACGACAACCAACUCUUCGAUAUCGGCAGAAGUUGUAUUGCUUGACCGGAAAAUAUCCGAAUCCCAAGUUAUUUUAGACCCUGUUGAGUAUUCCAGGAUAGAAUUUACCGACAUCAAUAUUGUUAGGGAGAAUCAGCAAAUGGUUUCACAGUACUUCGAUGGAUUGAAUUCAAGGCCAGGAAUUGCUUCAUUCCUUCAACUCGGUGCCUCUCAUCAGCAUGUCCAAGACAACGAAAUGACAGCAAAUUCAUCUGAAGAAAUCCAUGGAGGAUCCGUUUCUCCCAACGGAGGCCUCCAAAAUUCUGGGUUUUUGAGUUCAUCAACAACAAGCCUAAGCGAUGAUCGCAACACAGCCGACUCGAAUGAAAAGAAGAGUCGUCUCGGUGGGGAGCCAUCGAAUUCUCUCAACGCAUCUGUCACUACCGAGGCUAAUCCGAGCCCAGAUGGUUGUCCCGAGACCCCUACUUCGAACAAAGGAAGCGAAGUUCGAGACGAGAAAGACCCUUAUUAUUCGAGCAAACAAGUGUUUUCAGCUCCAUUGGGGAACAUCAAUUUGGAGGCAGAACAAUCGGCAAUGCAGCAACAGAUUGUAGACAUGUACAUGAGGAGCAUGCAACAGUUUACCGAGUCUUUGGCUAAGAUGAAGCUUCCCAUGGAUCUUGACAAACCUGGACAUGAACGUCGUGGUGAUUUGAUUCACAACAACAGCAAGAAAAUAGAGCAUGACAAAAAGAGAGACGGGUCCAGGGUUUUUUAUGGUAGCCGGGCAUUCUUUUGAACCAGCUGUAUAUUU